AAUCUAUGGACUUAUCUUUAAAAAGAGCAUUGUUUUCUUUAUUGACUAUUAUUUAUUUAAUUAAUUUCAACAGAAAAUAACGAUUUGUCCUACGAUUACGUUCGAUUCCCUGAUAUAAAACUAUAUUUUUUUAUGGUUGUUAAUCUGGUAUAAGUCACUUACUGUCUCGAUUUCUUUAAAAUUUAUAACUCGGUGAUUACAAAAUAAGAGAUUUAUAUUAUUAUUCUACUUUUACAUAUAUAGUAAUGUCUCCUAAAAGAGCAGCUGGUAUAGUAAUUUUCAGGAAUGUGAAUCAAGCUGUUCAAUUUCUUUUAUUACAGACGUCUUACGGCGAGCAUCACUGGACACCACCAAAAGGUCAUGUUGACCCAGGUGAAUCAGAUUGGAUCACAGCAUUGAGAGAAACUAAAGAAGAAGCUGGCUUAACAGAAAAUGAUUUGGAAGUAUAUAAGGAUAUAAAAAAGAUAUUAAAUUAUAAUGUUAAUGGAAAACCAAAAGUGGUUGUUUAUUGGUUAGCAAAAUUAAAGAAUCCAGAAAAAGAAGUGCAACUUUCUGAUGAGCAUCAGGACUUGAAAUGGUUACCAUUAAAACAGGCCCAAGAUAUAGCAGGAUAUGAAGAUAUGAAGAAACUUCUAGAGGAAUUUAAUGAAAAAGCUCAGAAAUUGUAAAUAUUAUUGUGAAGUUCAGAGGCAUUUAAUAGUGAGAUUUUAUUGUAGCUAUAUUAUACUUACAGAAUUGUAUAAAGAUCAAAUUAAAACUUAAUAUUUAAUUUAAUAUUUACUGUAAUAAUAUUAUAUAUUGUUUGAUUUGAAAAUAUAAUUUUUUUUUUUUCGUCUUUAUUA